AUGUUGCGGAUGGAUGUGUCAUAGGUGGUGUCUCAGUUUGGGUUAUUGGUUACCCUGCAUAUUUUUAAUUAAAUGGAAAUGUUUAAUAAUCUGGAAAUGAGAAUAAAGCGUUUUGUGAUUUGGUUCUUUGGUUUAUCAAUUUUAAUAAUCAUAUACAAACUAAGUAUAAUAGAAUCUGAUGUUGAAAAGUUGCAAUUUCUUAAAGAAACUCUGUUUUUGAAUAAAGAACAGUUGCAAUUGUCACAUCAUCAAUUGUUACUUGUCGAGCAUUUGUACCAAAACAAAGUAGGUGGUGGAUUGCCCACAAUAUAUGCAAUAACCCCAACAUAUUACAGACAUGUACAAAAAGCAGAAUUAACUAGAAUCUCACAAACAUUGGCUUUGGUACCAAAUAUACAUUGGGUCGUUGUUGAAGAUUCUGAGGAGAAAACAGAUUUGGUUAGAAGAAUACUCAAUGACUCUAAUAUUAUAUUUACUCAUCUCAAUGCCAAGACUCCACCAUUCGAGCAGCUAAAAGAUAAGGAUCCCAGGUGGAAAAAGCACAGAGGUGUGGAGCAGAGGAAUGCAGGAUUGAAAUGGCUUAGAGAUCAUUUGAAAGUCAAUGAAGAUAAAGGUGUUGUUUACUUCAUGGAUGAUGACAACACUUACAGUAUUAAAUUAUUUAAAGAGAUAUCUAAAGUAAAGAGGGUUGGAGUGUGGCCUGUUGGUUUAGUAGGUGGUCUAAAUGCUGAAUUACCUAUUCUUGAUGAAAAAACUGGUAAAGUGAUUGGCUAUAAAAGUGGAUGGAAGCCAGAUCGCCCUUUUGCCAUAGACAUGGCAGGAUUUGCUAUUAAUUUAGAUUUAAUACUAACUAAAUUACAAGCAAAUUUUUCUUACAAAAUGGAGCAUGGCUUGCAAGAAAGCGAGUUUUUAAGUUUCUUUACAACAAAAGAAAAUCUUGAGCCUUUAGCAUCAAACUGUACAGAAGUUUAUGUAUGGCAUACAAGGACUGAGAAACCAAAAAUUAAUGGUUUAAUUCCAGAUUUAGAAGUUUAAUAAAAAUUAAAUAAGGAACACAUGAUUAUUCAGAAUAAUAAAUAUUUUUUAACCCCAUGCCUGUGUUUUACAAUAA